AUGAAUUGCCCCAGCCACCGAAUCCCGCUUGGGGUAUUGCGUCUCCGUAUAUUUCACCAGCUUCUAUCCACAUUUCAGCGAUCCCAAACUCAUCGCUCCUUUUCAUCGAAGACGCGCCAGAGCCAGUCCCAAGAUGAGGCCUCAAUUCCCCCAUCACAACGACUACCACAAUCGCCUCUCCUCACCCGUUUACGCCCAGAAUUAAACCACAAGUCCGACCCGAAAAGUGUCCCUAAAAAGGCCGGCCUCGAACCUCUCGCCAAAAAUCCUUGGGCGCUAGCUCUAGCGUCGCCGAUGAGAACAUGUUCUCUAUCGGGAGCAAGGAUGCCACGCGCCCUGAUGGGAGAAUGGGGCCUAGUGCGAAAGCCCAACACGGAGAAUAUGUAUCUCUUACCGGUGGACUUGCUCAAAGAUUCACUUGAAGGAAAAGCAAGACCCACGGGCCAAAGCCAGAGUCAAGACGCAAAUGCAGCUACAGACAACAGUCCCAUGAAGGCCCGGAACGAAAACUUUGGUCGCCAGCUAGUGUUCCUGAUGACAAAUUUCAUGUCAUCUCUACGAGCUAUAUCCAAGCCACUCGGGAAAACUGGUGGCAAGAAGCCGGCUGUUUCGAGACUUAUACCCUAUCGAUGGAAGCAUCCGCAAGGGCCUAUUACAGCGCGCGAAGAAAGGCAACUGGUCUGGAUGGAUAACAUGCCAGACUACAUGCUGCGGCAUAUGAGAAGUAAGGUCGUUAAGCAGCUUGUGGCAGCUUGUCUAAAAUCAAACCACCUUGGUGCUGCCAAUCGAGUUUGGAGUGCAAUCGAGAUGCAGGGUUACUCGGACUCGGCUCUUUCGGAGGCUCUAAACCGACUAGAGCCCAUGGAACAAAUGGAAUCCGGCGCGGUGCUUCUUCUUGGAGGCCAGACUGAGGCCGAUGGAAAUGAAAAUAGCAGUGGGUCUUUCCCAGAGUCUGUUAUCCUUCCUCAGAAUCAGAGAGGUGUCCCUGUUUUUGACCUGUCGAUCCUGUUAUCGGACUCGGACUUGGCGAAGCUCAAAGAGGCUGUCCCGCACUUCUACCAGUCAGCAUUGUUUUUCAGACCGAAUAACAAGGCCGUGAAUGAUUUGAUGUUAUCGCUGUGGAAAUUGAAGCAAUUUCUUGCAAAUGACAAGGGACUCGAGGCAAUUUGA